AAAGUCAACUCAUUUUUGACAGCUCUCAGUUUGAUAACUUUGUACGAGUAGAUUUCAACGUGAAAUUGUGAAAUUUUCAGAAAUUUGCAUUUCCUCUUUUAUAUUUCUAUCAGCAAGAUGAGUCAAUUGGUGGCCAAGGCAAAGACCCUAGUCAACAAAAUGAUUGUGGCAGCACGUCCGCAGCUCGAUGAAUUCUGGAAGUAUGCCAAGGUGGAGCUAUCACCGCCACUGCCCGCCGAUUUCCAGAAGCUGAAGCAGACCGCGGAGGCCGCCAAGAAUGCGUCCAAGAAGGACAUGAAGGGGCAGCUGAAGAAGUCCGGACUCUCCCAGGUGACCGUCGGUCAGGCCUGGCUGAAUAUGCUGGUCACCGUGGAGGUGAUUACCUGGUUCUACAUGGGCGAGGUCAUCGGUCGUCGUCAACUAGUCGGCUACAAGGUUUAGACAAAACAUAUCCAUAGUAUUCUCCCUAUGUUUUUGUGUUGUAUGCAAAUGGCCCGUGGCAUUUAUAUCAUUUUCUGUGGCCAGGUGCACUGAAUAAAGGUGCACUAUCAGCAUUACAA